CUUCUUAAAGGUGUUUACCACUCGUUUUCUACAGCAAAGGUAAAGAAGGGCCCUUGAGCUUUAGCUCAAAAAAGAACAAUUACAACAACAAGAAGAAGCUAUCUCGAGGGUCACGGGAAAGAUUUUCUUGUUUCUUUUCAGAAAUAAUUAUGGGUUUCAAUUUUUGUACUGAUUAGUGAAGUAAAGUUGGGUUCUUUUUGAGGGAAAAAGAAGUUGGGUUUUUGAUGUUUGAGAUAAAGAUCCAAUUUUGAAGGGAGAAAAGGAGUUAUUGAGGGAUGCAGACAGAGGCAAGAGUGGGAGUGGUAGUAGAAGGAGGACCAAGGGCUCUUAAUUCACAGCCGAAACAGCACAAGCCAUUGCAGCAACAGUAUCAGCAAUCACAGAUCGGGACAGUUUCGCAGCUUGUAGCUGGUGGAGUUGCGGGUGCACUAAGCAAGACUUGCACUGCACCUCUUGCACGCCUCACCAUACUCUUUCAGGUGCAAGGCAUGCACUCAGAUGUUGCGACAUUGAGGAAAGCUAGCAUAUGGCAUGAGGCUUCCCGAGUUAUCAGAGAGGAAGGAGUUAGAGCUCUUUGGAAAGGGAAUCUUGUUACAAUUGCUCAUCGGCUACCUUACUCGUCAGUCAAUUUCUAUGCCUACGAGCGCUACAAACAGGUUUGCAAAAACACUUUUCUACAUAUGAUUCCUGGCCUGGAAAUCCAUAGAGAAAGUGCAGGUGUCAACCUGUUCGUCCAUUUUGUUGGUGGUGGUUUGGCAGGAAUAACAGCAGCAUCUGCUACAUAUCCAUUGGAUCUUGUGAGGACACGCCUUGCAGCUCAGACAAAUGUGAUCUAUUACAGAGGUAUUUGGCAUGCCUUGCAAACAAUUAGCAGAGAAGAGGGUGUUUUUGGCCUCUACAAGGGACUUGGAGCCACCCUUUUGGGUGUUGGACCCAGUAUAGCUAUCAGUUUUUCAGUCUAUGAGAGUUUACGAUCUUUUUGGCAUUCCCGCAGGCCCCAUGAUUCUACUGUUGCUGUGAGUUUGGCUUGUGGUAGCCUUUCAGGCAUUGCAUCUUCAACAGCGAAGCAGGGUGUGUUGCAGGCUUUGAAUUAAGUAUCUAACCAGACUGACCCCUAGAGCCAGAGACCAGGCAGCAUUGUUUUAUAUCUUGCAUUUGAAAUUUUAGUAAGGAACUCAAUAAAAAUACUUUUUUCUUGCCAUUCAUCUAAGAUUAUUUUCUCUGUGAGAAUCUUUCCUGCAUUAACCUUAUCUCUCCAACAUUUCUUUGAUAAUUUGUCUCCCCAAGCAUUGCGGUUGAUUCCAUAAUAGAAUGGCACUUCUCCCAGGUGAGCUAGUGCUGUUCUCUCAGUUACCAGUUGUGAGAGGUAUCCUCGUUGAGGUAUGCUUCUCACCUAGGCUUCCUUUGCCGACUGUAACAAUGGGUAUUGGAAUCCUUAAGCCUCGUGAUUCAGUUGUCAGGACGCUGUCUAUUGGUUUCUAUCAGAUAUGCAUGUUGCAUAUUUUCUUUUCCCCUUUGAUUUAUCAACAAAGACUAGAGAAAGUUUUUUAAAAGUAGUGGUCAUGCACGUGCAUCAUGUGUGCUCAAAGUUUAAAUUGAUAGUGCAACUGUUUGAAUUUUUUUUCUCGUAUUAAAUACCUUGCAACACAUUGUUGUCCUUUCUAAUGCUUCUAUUUUCUUUUAGGGUUUCUUUUCCUGCAUGAUUGAUUUUUCCAAUUAUGAAUGAAGAAAAAAAAUGAACAUACGAGACUCAAGAGGUUCUCAUGAUGUUUGAUAAAAUCUGAUACUAGUAAAAAGCAUGUCUUAUUGUGUUAAGGAUAAUGUUUUUUUUUUCCAAUCGUUCUUGGAAUAUGCAGCAACAUUUCCGCUUGAUCUUGUGAGACGAAGGAAGCAAUUGGAAGGAGCAGGUGGACGGGCCCGUGUUUAUACCACAGGUCUUCUUGGUAUAUUCAAGCACAUAAUUCAGACCGAGGGAUUUCGGGGUCUAUACAGAGGCAUUAUGCCUGAAUACUACAAGGUUGUGCCUGGUGUCAGUAUCUGUUUUACGACGUAUGAGACUCUAAAAUUGCUUUUGGCAGAUGUUACUCCCACGAUAUAAAUGUCUGUGAACAUCGUCUCCUGAAGUUUGCUGGGCGUAAGAAGGGAUGGGUGGUUGAAUUAUCACGUAGCAGAAUCGUCCCAUCUUAUUUCUUGGAUUUUGUCAUGGUGCAUAAUUUUGUUAUGCUAUCAUUAGAAUGCAUUUUUCCAUGUAGAUAUGCCGAAACCUAAAUCAGAUUUCAAGUGUACUCAUCAUAGUUCUCACAGUUCUAAAAGAAAGCAAUACUAACGGUGAUCACAUUUUUUA